AUGUUUAUUGAAUCUGUGAUUAGAUUUUCUCAGUUAAUCGGAGAAUCAAUCAUUAUCGCAACCGUCGUCGUCUACGCUCUCCGUCUCUUCCUCAGAUUCGCUUCUUUCCUCGCGAGCCGACCUUGGCGUCGUUACCGUACAUUCACGGUUCGCCGUCGCCGGAGAUGGUGGAAAAACACGGCGGAGGAAAACAAUUCGCCGCCGUAUUGUUCGAUUUGUCUAUUAGACGCGGCGGAGGGAGAGAAGAUGAGGCGGUUAACGGUGUGUCGUCACUGUUUUCACUCCGAUUGUAUCGAUCCGUGGAUUGGGAGACGGUCCACGUGUCCUCUUUGUAGAACUCAGAUUCCGCCGGUGCCGCCGGGAAAUCCGUUGAUCGCGCUUUUUGUUCCUCCCGGAGUUAUAGAGUUGUUUACUAAAGGAACGGUCGUCUCCGACACGUAG